CUAUUAUUUGUGGUACGAAACAAUAUGGAUUAACAGCGGUGAACAAGUGAAAAGAACAACCAAAGUCCCGAAUACCAGGGAUAACUGCCUUACCUUUUGCCGUCGCGUGUAUUCAUCCGGAUUCAAACUGUAUCUACCGUCGGAUUGUUGCUCUCCGGUGCUGAAUAGGGAGUAUUCGUCGACAACCGGGCACUACAAUCCCCUCGGCACCAAGUUGGAUUUCAAAAACGGCUGUGCCGAUUCCGGCCCGGCUGGUAUUGGUAGCGGCGGCAGUGGUGCACCCCCAUCUGGAUUAAGCCCGGCCAGUCCCGAUUCGCAGCAAUUCAAUAUCUUCCCCGCGAUUUUUAGCCGCCAGCUGAAUUUCACCGGAUCAGGCGCUUCGUGUGCAACCGGCGGUCAAACGGGUAAACUGAUGGACGACCUCCGACCAAACCUCGUCGGUGGCCUACUGGGUCUUCAGCAAGGCCUACUAGACGAUCACAAUCUAUCGCACGGAAACCUCCAACACAAUGCCCAAGAUUCGAAAUUUAUGUCACUGCAGGACAACCGCCUGAUGGGCAUUGGAUCGCAUGAAAACCGCCUACUAGGAUUAUCGCAAGAAAACCGAGUGCCAGGUGGUGGACCCGCGGGAGGUCAAGCAACUGCUGCAGAUAAAUCCCUUCAACGAAAAUGCAGCAGUACGCCGGAGGAUUUCAGUGCCCUUUACGGUGGAUUAACGGGAACUACCAUUAGUGACCAUCACCACCAUCACACGCCUGCACAUACGCCCCCGAACCGGUUAAGUGACAACGCAUCUGUGACAGCGGAAGGUGCUUUUAAAAAACUAAAACCCGAACCAAACAGUGGACUUUCGUCGGUGUCCGGUAGCAUCUCGUCACCCGGAAGUGGUAUCUCGUCCCUGCCUCAGCACGCCGGCCACACGCCCACGACGGCAUCCUGUCCGACUCCGGCCCGAAGGCGGCAUCGGACAACAUUCACUCAGGAACAGUUAGCAGAACUAGAAGCGGCCUUUGCAAAAUCCCACUACCCCGAUAUCUACUGUAGAGAGGAACUAGCGCGAACAACUAAACUAAACGAAGCAAGGAUACAGGUCUGGUUUCAGAACCGGCGGGCCAAAUAUCGCAAGCAAGAAAAGCAAUUACAGAAAGCGCUCGCCCCCUCGGUGAUACCGUCCUGCAAUGGGAUGAUGCGAAACAUACAAGGCUACAGCGUGUCCCGAGGUUAUCAACCGUAUCCCCAUCCAAACUCAAUCAAUCGAUAUCCGCAGGAUCUCUUCCAGAUGAGUGGCUCUUCGUAUCCAGGAAUGACGCAGCCAUUCUCGAUGUCGCACAGUUCCGGCAUGAGCUCAGUAGGCGUCCGUCAGGAUUCAAUGGGAAUGUCCGCGGAAGACGAAUGGUACAACAAGAGUCUGUCGGCCCUCCGGAUGAACAGCUCUCACCACCCGAACCUGUCGGCCCCGAUGCUGCAAUACCAGACAUAAUUAAUGUAGGAUCAAGCAUAACCUUUCCCAUAAACUGUUGGAACAUCAAAUCUCCGACAAGCUUGAAAUCCAGUUGGAGGAGGACGAUUGCUGUUCAAACAGUUUAGCUUAGCAGAUGUAGAAGAUAAGAGUCAGAAUCAAAUCUAGUCAGCACGCAAAAUAACAACUUUCCGAAGACAAAAUAACUCAUCGCCGUCUGCGAUCGAAGCAAGCAUUGGUGGAAUUCGGGAUUAAAUGCAAAUCGACGCGUAUCGAUGGGCAACGCAACAGCACACAAUAAAUCGUUGAAA